AUGAUGGACGGACAAAGUUUUUACCUCUUCCUUAUUUUUCUGUGCUCGUCAGUUCAGGGAGCUUCUGUGGUUUUUAACCCCUGCAUAUCCCAAAAAGAACUAUCUGCAGCCGAAGCAAUCAUUGCCCUGGAAAACUGGCCUGAUAACCAAGAUAUAUCCCUCAUUGAGCACCGCUACAAGUGUACUAUGACCUGCGUGCUAAUAGACUUGGGUCUGGUAAAUAAAAUGGGACAGGUGCAGAUCGAUAAAUAUGUGGAAUCGGGAGUUUUGGACAGGAUGUGGGUGGCUAGUGACUUGGCCUCAUGUCGCUCUAAAUAUCACGAUGAGUGGGAUCUGUGUGAAUUUGUUUUCGGAAUUUUCAAUUGCUUCAGAGAGAUGAAACUUGCUGCAGAAAGAAAAGUUUAA